AUGGGUCAAGGACAGAGCGGAGAAGAAAAGGAAGUGACUCUUCAGAACAUCCAGGAACUCUACCGUAAGUUUGCGAGCGAAUGCCCGAGUGGAAAUCUGCACUUACACGAAUUCAAGAAGAUCUUUGGAAUCAACAGCAGCUCCACAGAAGAAGAAGCUGCGUACAUGGAAAACCUGUUUCGAUCCUUUGACACGAACAAGGACGGUCAUAUAGACUUCUUGGAGUACGUGGCCGCGGUGCAUCUUGUUCUUCGGGGAAAACUCGAGGACAAACUGAGAUGGUCUUUUAAAGUUUAUGACAGAGAUGGAAAUGGCUGUCUGGACCGACAGGAGGUGAAACACAUUGUCAAAAUCAUCUACAGGAUAAAGAAGCACAACGACCCGAGCAUCACAGUGAAUAUUGAAGACAUUUGUGACAGAAUAUUUGAACUGGUGGACAAGAAUAAAGACAGUCAGAUUUCUCUGGAGGAAUUUAUCGACGGAGCUGAAAAGGACCCGUGGGUGAUGGAGCAGCUCAAGCUGGACAUUGGGCCCUGUGAUUGGUUCAUGGGACAGCAGGAGAAGAAGCCCUGA